AUGAUUACCGGCAUCCACCACGUCAACUUGCUCGUGCCCGAGGGCACGCUCGACGAUGCCUUUGCGUUUUACGGCGAGACGCUCGGCUUGCAUUCGACGCCGGUGCCUCAGCUGCAACGGGGGAGGAUUGCUUGGUUCAACAUCGGAGAAGCCAGCGGCCAGCAGAUUCAUAUUGCCUUCGGCCAGAACGAUCCCGGCGCGUCACGCCAUCCCUGUUUCAAGAUCGGGUCGCUGCAGGACUUGCAGGCACUGCAAAAGCGGAUUUGGGAUCAUCACCAACGUGGAGGGAGCGCGGCGCCGAUGGCAGCGGAUCAGCCGGGGGAGCAGAACUCAGGUGUGCACAUCUUCUUGUUUGGUGGUUGA